AUGGGUACGAACGAAGAAGAUUUAUGGCCAGGAUACCUAAAAACGCCAUCUAUGAUUGUCGUCAGGGACCGUAAAGCAAUCGGAUCUACCGACAGCGUCUCGGAAGCGAAGAUCGUCCGUGAUGGGAUAUCUCCUUUCGAAAUGGAGGUGGCUGAUGAUGUCAACACUGCUGAGUUGGCAUCGGACGAAACGAGCCCGUACUACGCCGUCGAUCUGUACAUGGAUGUUCAUCUGCACGCACUUCACGAAUUCACCGGCGAGGAUUUGCUGACCUUCUUCGAUGAGCACGAAGCUGUUGGAGACGACGCUAUGGAAGUUGAUAAGAUACCUGCCAAUGAACACGAAUCUUUGCCACAAUAUAUUGAAGCUUGGAUGGAUAGGAUUAGAGACUAUUGCCUUAAAAACGCGACUGCCGGCACGGAUAGUUGGGUGAAAAUGUUGAAGGAACGAGGCUACCCGAUCAGCAAGUCCAUCCUGCAGAAUAUGCUCCAGAGAGGGACCAGUGGUAACCGUCGACGAAUGAUGCCUCUGCAUCUCCGUGAACAACAUUUGCAAGGUGUAAUCUCCUGGCUCAAUGAGCGUGAAGAA